AUGCCUCACAUCCCGUUGACACCUCGAGAGGCACGCGGAGUUCAUUGCUUCAAAAGGCACAAGACGUAUGCCAACUUUCCAGAAGAACCUCAAGAGGAGGCUUCUCUAAGCAAUAGGCUCAAGACAUAUGCCAACUUUCCAGAAGCACCUCAGGAGGAGGCUUCUCUCAGCAAUAGGCACAAGACGUAUGCCAACUUUCCAGAAGAACCUCAAGAGGAGGCUUCUCUAAGCAAUAGGCUCAAGACGUAUGCCAACUUUCCAGAAACACCUCAGGAGGAGACUUCUCUCAGCAAUAGGGUCAAGACGUAUGCCAACUUUCCAGAAGCACCUCAGCAGGAGGCUUCUCUCAGCAAUAGGCUCAAGACGUAUGCCAACUUUCCAGAAGCACCUCAGGAGGAGGCUUCUCUAAGCAAUAGGCACAAGACGUAUGCCAACUUUCCAGAAGAACCUCAAGAGGAGGCUUCUCUAAGCAAUAGGCUCAAGACGUAUGCCAACUUUCCAGAAACACCUCAGGAGGAGACUUCUCUCAGCAAUAGGCUCAAGACGUAUGCCAACUUUCCAGAAGCACCUCAAGAGGAGACUACUCUCAACAAUAGACUCAAGACGUAUGCCAACUUUCCAGAAGCACCUCAGGAGGAGGCUUCUCUCAGCAAUAGGCUCAAGACGUAUGCCAACUUUCCAGGAGCACCUCAGGAGGAGGCUUCUCUCAGCAAUAGGCUCAAGACGUAUGCCAACUUUCCAGAAGCACCUCAGGAGGAGGCUUCUCUCAGCACUAGGCUCAAGACGUAUGCCAACUUUCCAGAAGCACCUCAGGAGGAGGCUUCUCUCAGCAAUAGGCUCAAGACGUAUGUCAACUUUCCAGAAGCACCUCAAGAGGAGGCUUCUCUCAGCAAUAGGCUCAAGACGUAUGCCAACUUUCCAGAAGCACCUCAAGAGGAGGCUUCUCUCAGCAAUAGGCUCAAGACGUAUGCCAACUUUCCAGAAGCACCUCAAGAGGAGGCUUCUCUCAGCAAUAGGCUCAAGACGUAUGCCAACUUUCCAGAAGCACCACAAGAGGAGGCUUCUCUCAGCAAUAGGCUCAAGACGUAUGCCAACUUUCCAGAAGCACCUCAAGAGGAGGCUUCUCUCAGCAAUAGGCUCAAGACGUAUGCCAACGUUCCAGAAGCACCUCAGGAGGAGGCUUCUCUCAGCAAUAGGCUCAAGACGUAUGCCAACUUUCCAGAAGCACCUCAGGAGGAGGCUUCUCUCAGCAAUAGGCUCAAGACGUAUGCCUACUUUCCAGAAGCACCUCAAGAGGAGGCUUCUCUCAGCAAUAGGCUCAAGACGUAUGCCAACUUUCCUGAAGCACCUCAAGAGGAGGCUUCUCUCAGCAAUAGGCUCAAGACGUAUGCCAACUUUCCAGAAGCACCUCAAGAGGAGGCUUCUCUCAGCAAUAGGCUCAAGACAUAUGCCAACUUUCCAGAAGCACCUCAGGAGGAGGCUUCUCUCAGCAAUAGGCUCAAGACGUAUGCCAACUUUCCAGAAGCACCUCAGGAGGAGGCUUCUCUCAGCAAUAGGCUCAAGACGUAUGCCAAGUUUUCAGAAGCACCUCAAGAGGAGGCUUCUCUCAGCAAAAGGCUCAAGACGUAUGCCAACUUUCCAGAAGCACCUCAGGAGGAGGCUUCUCUCAGCAAUAGGCUCAAGACGUAUGCCAACUUUCCAGAAGCACCUCAAGAGGAGACUACUCUCAGCAAUAGGCUCAAGACGUAUGCCAACUUUCCAGAAGCACCUCAGGAGGAGGCUUCUCUCAGCAAUAGGCUCAAGACGUAUGCCAACUCUCCAGAAGCACCUCAAGAGGAGGCUUCUCUCAGCAAUAGGCUCAAGACGUAUGCCAACUUUCCAGAAGCACCUCAGGAGGAGGCUUCUCUCAGCAAUAGGCUCAAGACGUAUGCCAACUUUCCAGAAGCACCUCAAGAGGAGACUACUCUCAGCAAUAGGCUCAAGACGUAUGCCAACUUUCCAGAAGCACCUCAGGAGGAGGCUUCUCUCAGCAAUAGGCUCAAGACGUAUGCCAACUCUCCAGAAGCACCUCAAGAGGAGGCUUCUCUCAGCAAUAGGCUCAAGACGUAUGACAACUUUCCAGAAGCACCUCAAGAGGAGGCUUCUCUCAGCAAUAGGCUCAAGACGUAUGACAACUUUCCAGAAGGACCUCAAGAGGAGGCUUCUCUCAGCAAUAGGCUCAAGACGUAUGCCAACUUUCCAGAAGCACCUCAGGAGGAGGCUUCUCUCAGCAAUAGGCUCAAGACGUAUGCCAACUUUCCAGAAGCACUUCAGGAGGAGGCUUCUCUCAGCAAUAGGCUCAAGACGUAUGCCAACUCUCCAGAAGCACCUCAAGAGGAGGCUUCUCUCAGCAAUAGGCUCAAGACGUAUGACAACUUUCCAGAAGCACCUCAAGAGGAGGCUUCUCUCAGCAAUAGGCUCAAGACGUAUGCCAACUUUCCAGAAGCACCUCAAGAGGAGACUUCUCUCAGCAAUAGGCUCAAGACGUAUGCCAACUUUCCAGAAGCACCUCAGGAGGAGGCUUCUCUCAGCAAUAGGCUCAAGACGUAUGACAACUUUCCAGAAGCACCUCAAGAGGAGGCUUCUCUCAGCAAUAGGCUCAAGACGUAUGACAACUUUCCAGAAGCACCUCAAGAGGAGGCUUCUCUCAGCAAUAGGCUCAAGACGUAUGCCAACUUUCCAGAAGCACCUCAAGAGGAGACUUCUCUCAGCAAUAGACUCAAGACGUAUGCCAACUUUCCAGAAGCACCUCUAGAGGAGGCUUCUCUCAGCAAUAGGCUCAAGACGUAUGCCAACUUUCCUGAAGCACCUCAAGAGGAGGCUUCUCUCAGCAAUAGGCUCAAGACCUAUGCCAACUUUCCAGAAGCACCUCAAGAGGAGGCUUCUCUCAGCAAUAGGCUCAAGACGUAUGCCAACUUUCCAGAAGCACCUCAAGAGGAGGCUUCUCUCAGCAAAAGGCUCAAGACGUAUGCCAACUUUCCAGAAGCACCUCAAGAGGAGGCUUCUCUCAGCAAUAGGAUCAAGACUUAUGCCAACUUUCCAGAAGCACCUCAGGAGGAGGCUUCUCUCAGCAAUAGGCUCAAGACGUAUGCCAACUUUCCAGAAGCACCUCUAGAGGAGGCUUCUCUCAACAAUAGGCUCAAGACGUAUGCCAACUUUCCAGAAGCACCUCAAGAGGAGGCUUCUCUCAGCAAUAGGCUCAAGACGUAUGCCAACUUUCCAGAAGCACCUCAGGAGGAGGCUUCUCUCAGCAAUAGGCUCAAGACGUAUGCCAACUUUCCAGAAGCACCUCAAGAGGAGACUACUCUCAGCAAUAGGCUCAAGACGUAUGCCAACUUUCCAGAAGCACCUCAGGAGGAGGCUUCUCUCAGCAAUAGGCUCAAGACGUAUGCCAACUUUCCAGAAGCACCUCAAGAGGAGGCUUCUCUCAGCAAUAGGCUCAAGACGUAUGACAACUUUCCAGAAGCACCUCAAGAGGAGGCUUCUCUCAGCAAUAGGCUCAAGACGUAUGCCAACUCUCCAGAAGCACGUCAAGAGGAGGCUUCUCUCAGCAAUAGGCUCAAGACGUAUGACAACUUUCCAGAAGCACCUCAGGAGGAGGCUUCUCUCAGCAAUAGGAUUCCCAAAAUCGCUGUGGCUACUGGAAAGGGUCCUUGGGUGCCCUGCCUCAACUCGAGGAGCGUCCCUUUUGCCCUGCCAAGCCUCGAAGAGAUUCCUGAGGUGUCCCUCGUUACUAGACAGGAGUCCUGA